UCGCAGUUGAGCUCAGGAAAGAAAGGAGAGGUGUUGUGCAUUUAUAAAUAAAAACACGUUUAAUAGCAACUGGUUCUAACUAAAAUAAAAAUAAAAUCAUAAAUAUAUAUCUAAAAUGUCUGACGUUGAAAAACUUUUAAAACAAGCAGCUAUGCAAAUAGGUGCCGGUGGAAGCGCGGGUUUUGUGGAAGUGUGUAUUAUGCACCCACUGGAUUUGGUCAAGACUAGGCUUCAAAUACAAAGUAACAAAUCAGCAAUGAAACCAUCAGAUCCACAUUACUACAGCGGUAUUAUAGAUUGCAUGAAAAAAAUGUAUAGGUACGAAGGUUUCACCUCAUUUUGGAAAGGUAUUCUGCCUCCUAUAUUGGCAGAAACCCCUAAAAGAGCUGUUAAAUUUGCAACUUUCGAACAAUACAAGAAGCUUUUUAUGUUCGGAUCAGAUACUCCUACGCCACUUACGUUUUCUCUGGCAGGACUAGGAGCCGGAAUCACGGAAGCUGUCCUAGUGAAUCCAUUCGAAGUUGUCAAGGUUACGCUUCAAUCGAACAAGUCCUUGGCCACAGAAAUUCCCAGUACGUGGUCGGUAACGCGGCAGAUCGUCAGAGAACACGGCCUGGGCUCGCGAGGACUGAAUAAAGGACUAACAGCCACGAUAGCCAGGAACGGAGUCUUCAACAUGGUGUAUUUCGGAUUCUAUCACAGCGUCAAAGGAUAUGUACCGGAGUAUCAGGAUCCGUUAUCAGAGUUUCUGCGGAAGGUCGCCAUAGGGUUCACGUCGGGGGUCCUGGGCUCGUGCGCGAAUAUUCCCUUCGAUGUCGCGAAGAGUCGGAUCCAGGGUCCUCAGCCGGUGCCGGGCGUCGUCAAGUAUAGUUCCACGUCCGGCGCCAUCAUAAUGGUCUACAGGGAGGAAGGAUUCCGCGCUCUGUACAAGGGUUUGCUGCCGAAAGUUCUAAGGUUGGGCCCGGGAGGAGCGAUAAUGCUCGUCGUUUAUGAUUACGUAUAUCACUUUUUAGAAAAUAAAUUUCAACCGAAAUCUAUAUAAUUUGUAAAAAAAAAACGAAAAAAUACACCAAAGAGAUGACAUAUUGUACAUAUCUCGGACUUCAAGGCUUAUGCCGGAUCAGUGCUCAAUCAAAUC